AUGGAUCUGGUCUUGAAUAUCUAUGAUCAGUGGCUAUUAACUCCAUAUGUAUAUCCGAAAGAAGGUUGGCCGGAAGACAGUCUUCUUCGACAAAUCGUUUCGUUGGCCAUUUUGAUCAAUAUUCAUGGAAUUCUGCUCUAUUUCUUUUUGGGAACGUUUAGUUAUUUGUUUUUAUUUGACAAAAAACAAAUGGAACAUCCUCUGUUUCUCAAAAAUCAAAUUCGGCAAGAAAUCAAAGUUUCAUUACAAAACAUUCCAUUUAUGAGUAUUCCAACGAUCAUUGUUUUCCUAUUUGAAAUACGUGGAUAUUCCCGAUUGUACGACAGUUCACAGCGUUCAUACGGUUUGAUUCCAUUUCUGAAAGAAUUCGGCAGUUUUCUAUUCUUCACCGAUAUGUUGAUCUAUUUCAUUCAUCGCGGUUUACAUCAUCCUCUUGUUUAUAAACAUUGUCAUAAACUUCAUCACAAAUGGAUCGUUCCAACACCUUUCGCCAGUCAUGCAUUUCAAUGGCUCGAUGGUUUUCUUCAAAGUUUACCAUACCAUCUUUAUGUUUUCUUAUUUCCGCUACAUAAAAUAUCGUAUUUAUUCUUUUUCAUUUUCGUUAAUUUUUGGACAGUUAGCAUUCAUGAUGGAAACUAUGCAGUACCAAAACUAUUUCAACCGUUCGUUAAUGGCGCAGCUCACCAUUCCGAUCACCAUCAAUAUUAUAAUUAUAAUUAUGGCCAGUUUUUCACGUUUUGGGAUCGACUCAUGUGCUCGUUUCGCCAACCGUCCGUGUACGAUGAUGAGAAGAAAAACAUUGACUAA